AUGUGCCACUUCUUGUCUUCCCUAUCACAGAUUACUUAUAAAGAUGAUGGGAAGCCUUAUUCUCAUCCAGCACAAUACAGGAGCAUUGUUGGAGCUCUGCAGUACCUUACCUCCACAAGGCCAGACAUUGCCUUCUCAGUGAAUCAAGCUUAUCAAUUCAUGCAUAAUCCCAUGGAAUCUCAUGUUGUGGCAGUUAAGAGAAUCUUAAGGUAUUUGAAAGGCACCAUUGAUUUUGGAAUUCAUUUUCAACCUGGUCUUCUUAAUCUACAGGCUUACAGUGAUGCUAAAUGGGUUGGGGAUCCUAAUGAUCGACGAUCUGUCUCGGGGUUUAUAGUUUACUUAGGCUUCAGUCCUAUUUCUUGGGCUUCUAAGAAACAACAUACCGUCUCCCGUUCAUCCACUGAGGCAGAAUAUAGGGCCCUUGCUAUUGCCACUGCUGAGCUUGCCUGA